AUGCUUUCCCAUGCGAAUGCAUCAUCUUUGGAUACUACUACUACUACUGCUCGACGCUGUUUUGCGGAUAAUCAUCAUCACAACCAACAACAAGAACAGCAUGACGUUUGUCAAGAGCCAACUCGACGUCCCUGGUAUUUUGAUGAUUCGGGACAACUUGUUAGUCCAAAAGGAGCCUGCUAUACUAUAGCUCCUUCCAUUCUCAAGUCUCAGUCUCAUGAUGCAUUCAGCUACAACAAGCCUUCUUCUUCUACAACACUUACUUCGGUAACAUCCUCCUCCUCCUCCUUUGAUGAGUGUUGUGGUCAACCCAACAACAACAGCAAGGAGCAUGAUCAUGAUGAUGGACAACAACAACAACAACAACAACAACACCCUAUGACAACAAGCCUUGCUGGUGGUGGUGGUGAUAAAGAAAAACGAGAGGAUGGAUCCCCUGGUAGUACCACACCCACCUUUUUGCAUGCUCAGCAUCCUCUUCAUCAACACCCUCAUCAAUCACAUCGCAAAAAGAGGUCCCGCCGGUAUCGCGGAAGAAAAGGAAACAGCAACAAGGAUAUCAAAGAAAACAAUGCUGAGACCGAUACCACCAAAACUUUAGCUUCACCUUCACCCCAACACUCAUCUUCAACUACAACGACUGCUACUACUACGGCAGAUCAGCUGACGUCGCGACUGCGGUCUCUUUCAAUGUCAUCUUCCACCACCAGCUCAUCACCAGCCCCGCCAACAUUGUCAUCAAGUAAUACCACGACGCAUCAAUCAAGCUAUACUUUUGAUAAGAAUGUGCUGCUGCCAUCAUCAUCAUCAGCGGCUGCUGUGGAUCUAAUGGAAGAAGGCCAUGAUGUCGUCGGCAGCUGCGGAAUCGAUGAUCGGAAACAUUCCGAGCUGGGUGGAUCACAUGAAAGUAGUAGUACGUCGCAACAACAACAGGCAAAAAGCAACAUCACCACAGAAAAGAAACAGCGUUUAUACAAGACUGAGCUUUGUCGUAAUUGGGAAGAGCUUCAAAUAUGCCGGUACGGUGACAAGUGCCAAUAUGCGCACGGACAGGAUGAUCUACGUGAUGUCGAAAGGCAUCCCAAAUACAAGACGCAAGUAUGCCGCACCUUUUAUCAAACAGGGACCUGCCCUUAUGGAACACGAUGUACCUUUCGCCAUGAUGAAAAUGGGUUGUUGCUUCCUGCUUCUUCGGCUUUGAUUCAACAACAACGACCCCAAUUACAACAACAACCAAAACUAUUUCAUCAUCAUCGCAAUAAUCGCACUUGUACAUACAUGACCCCAGCAGCUUGGAUGACGAUGACGACCCAUGCCGAUGCAGCACAGGUACCACCUUCUGACAGCUAUAAUAACAACAACGUCCUCCUUUCUUCCGAUGCCGAAAGCUUAUUGCCGACCGGGCUCUUGAGCGACCUUGAUGAACCACCAUCGCAUAUUCGACCACCCGUAGUAGGUUCGAUGAUGUUACCUUGUAUCCCAUCCUCACUUGUUUUUCAACAUGGACACCAACCACAUCCACCCUUCAACCAUAAUAUUUGGAAACAGCAUCAACGCAAUGACAAUGAGGGUACCCAUGGCACCAACUCCUCGUCCUCCUCCUCCUUCAUCCCUUCUUUUCUUUGA